AUGGCGACGAUAAAUGAAGGUAAAAUUAGAUCCAAAAAUUCAUAUCAAAGUAAAUUAGACUGCCGUCAACGUUUCUCCUUUGGAGUGGGCCAUGUCUUAAAUGAUUUAUGUGCCUCUAUGUGGUUUUCCUAUUUGCUAGUAUAUAUGCAUUCUGUCAUCGGUUUUUCUCAUAUACAUGCUGGUAUAUUAAUGCUCAUUGGACAAGUUGCUGAUGGAAUUUGUACACCUAUUAUUGGCUACGAAUCGGAUAGAACUGCAGAUAAAUGUUAUUAUGGUAGACGUAAGAGUUGGCAUCUACUUGGCGUUUGCUGUGUCAUAGUUUCUUAUGCUUUCGUUUUCAACAAGUGUUUUGUCUGUUCUGCGGUAACAGCAUGGCCGCUAUUAAUCUAUUAUACACCAUUUGUUAUCCUCUUUCAAUUUGGUUGGGCAGCGACACAGAUAUCUCAUCUCUCUCUAAUUCCCGAAUUAACUGAUGAUGAAAAUGAGAGAGUCGGCCUCAAUGCAAUAAGGUAUGCUUUUACUGUAAUCUCCAACAUCUACGUCUAUCUUGUUGCUUUCAUGCUGCUGAGAUUCCAUGGCGGCAAAUAUCGGAUACCAACUCUGACAAUCUCUGUAGGUAAUAAGCGUUUAAAAGUAGUAUACACCUUAUUUAAUUACUUGGUAGGGUCAGUCCUUGGUAUCGGUUUAAUAGCCGCUAUUAUCUUUCAUGUUGGCACUAAAGAAAAGCGUCAACAUGAAAUCAAUUGCCGAACUACGCAAGAACGGUAUAAGAAAAAGACCUGGAUAGAUUGGUUGAAAUCUUCAUUAUUCUACCGGGUUGCCGUACUAUAUAUGUGUAGCCGUUUAAUUGUCAACAUAACUCAAGUAUAUAUUCCACUUUAUGUCAUAAAAACUCUUCAUUUACAUAAGAUGCAUAUCGCUUUAGUACCACUCACAGUCUACGUCAGCGGUUUUCUUGUCAGCUUAGUAUUGAAACCUAUCAACUACCAUCUCGGUCGCAAAAUUACAUUUUUCUUAGCUUUGGUGAUGUGUGGCGGCUUCUGUUGCUGUAUUUAUCUACUACCAGCAUCCCAUGCUUACGUUGUGUACGCAGGAGCGACAAUGUUAGGCGUUGGCGGCACGUCACUUUUGGUUACCGUGUUGUCCAUGACAGCAGAUUUAAUUUCCAAAAAUGUCGAAAGUGGUGCAUUCGUUUAUGGUGCCAUGAGUUUUACCGAUAAAUUAUCUAAUGGCAUUGCAGUAAUAAUCAUACAAUCAAUACACCCUUGUGCUCACAUAGAUAACUGUGCUAAUUCGGCGGCCUAUUAUCGAAGUGUGCUCACUUAUGUUCCUGGAGGAGCAGCAGCUGUUGCCUUUUUAUGCUUAUGUACUAUGAUGUACACCAAGAUGCCUUCAACUACUGACGGUUAG